AUGUCAAUCUUGCGUUUUCUGCACUCGAGCACAGCCUCUUUUCCCCCUUUCCCUCACUUCUUCUCAGAUUUUCCCUCGAACCAAACAGAACUCUUGCGCUCAUUUUCUCUCGCAAUAUAUUUGUAUCUUUUAUGGCAGUUAAGUUGCAGCAUCGCGACUUCAUUCCUUCAAGCUCUUCAAAUCCAUGUGUGUCAUGGAGUAGUUCUAUUGGAACUCAUAAAUCCCCCAAAAGAGUGGCUUACUUGGGUUACCUUUUGAGUAAUCGGGGCAGUUCAGGUAAGAGAUGUUUUGUGAGACUUACUCUCUCAGUGAAUUAUGAUCACAGUCUCAGGAGUCGAUGGGUGGGUUAUUGGAAAAGCCAUUCAAAAUUCCGUAAAUCAAGAAGGAUGGGACAACUCUGUCCACAUGUAUCUGCUGAUGAUGGUUUAACUGUUAAUGGGAGACCCCACACAAGUACCAGUAGUGGCAUAGAGGAAAUGAGAACUAAACUUAAUCAAUCACUACAAGGUGGAGACUACAAUGAUGGACUAGUUCAAUCGUUGCAUGACGCAGCCAGGGUUUUUGAGCUGGCAAUCAAAGAACAGGGUUCAUUGUCAAAAUUAGCUUGGUUUUCUACAGCCUGGCUUGGUGUAGACAGAACUGCAUGGGUGAAAACACUCUCUUAUCAGGCUUCUGCGUACUCCAUAUUGCAAGCAGCAAGUGAGAUUUCGUCUCGAAGCGAACGUAGAGACAGAGAUGUAAACAUUUUUGUUCAAAGAAGUUUUUUAAGAAUAUCUGCUCCCUUAGAGAGCGUCAUCAGGGAAGAACUAUCAGCCAAGCAACCUGAAGCAUAUGAUUGGUUUUGGUCUGAACAAGUUCCGGCCAUGGUGACGUCUUUUGUUAAUCAUUUUGAAGGAGAUUCGCGCAUUACCUCUGCCACUGGUUUGAGAGGGAGAGGCACAUCACUGGGUUCUGGGAAUACAAUUGAUGUAUCACUCCUUAUGCUGGCAUUGACUUGUAUUGCUGUGAUUUGGAAACUUGGCCCAGCAAAAAUUUCUUGCUCGCAAUUUUUUUCCACAAUUCCUGACAUAACUGGGGGAUUGAUGGACUUGCUGGUGGAUUUCAUUCCUAUAAGUAAAGCUUAUCAUUCUAUUAAGGAUAUUGGUCUACGCAGAAAAUUUCUUGAUCACUUUGGUUCUCGAGCUGCAGCAUGCAGAGUGCAAAGUGAUUGUAAUUCAGAAGAGGUUGCUUUCUGGGUGGAUCUUGUACAGAACCAGCUGCAGCUAGCUAUAGAUAGGGAGAAAAUAUGGUCAAGGCUAACAACGUCAGAGAGCAUUGAGGUAUUGGAGAGGGAUUUGGCCAUUUUCGGAUUCUUUAUUGCCUUAGGCCGGCGUACGAAGUCCUUUCUAGUUGCAAAUGGUUAUGAUGAUUUAAAUGAUCCUAUUGAAGGCUUUGUCAGGUACCUUAUCGGGGGCAGUAUUCUAUACUAUCCUCAGCUUUCAUCAAUUAGUUCUUAUCAAUUGUAUGUAGAGGUAGUCUGUGAAGAGCUGAACUGGCUUCCAUUUUAUCCAGGCAUUGCUGGCACCUCAAAACAGUCUCAUGGCCACAGAAAUAAGCUAGACGGUCCUCCCAAUCCUGAGGCUAUCCCUCAAGUAUUAGAUGUUUGCUCUCACUGGAUGCAGAGUUUUAUUAAAUAUAGUAAAUGGCUGGAGAGCCCUUCUAAUGUCAAAGCGGCUAAGUUCCUCUCUAGAGGGCACAAGAAGUUAAUGGAGUGCAAGGAAGAAUUUGGGACAUCAAGGAAUGAAAUGAUUGAAAGCAAUGGCAAUGAUAAUGUUGAGAGGUGUGGAUUUGUAACUUACCCACCAAGCGAGAAGGAGCCAGAAUCUUUUGACAGGGCAUUGGAGAGUGUUGAAGAAGCUGUAAUAAGACUGGAAAUUUUGCUUCAAGAGUUGCAUGUAUCAAACUCUAAUUCUGGGAAAAAACAACUCAAAGCUGCUUGUUGUGACCUUGAGAAAAUAAGGAAGCUUAAGAAAGAGGCUGAAUUUCUAGAGGCAUCUUUCAGAGCAAAAGCAGAUUCCCUUCAACAGAGUCCUGAACUGAUCAUCCAGGGAGUCGAUGGGAGUGAUUUUCAAUCUUCUUUCAAAGAGCAGAGAGAAUACUUGAAAGGGGAGAAAAGAAAUUCUAAAGUGAGGACGCUAGAUAUGAGUAACAGUAAAUCUCGUGGGUUAUGGAGCUUCUUUGUCCGUCCUCCAACAAGGAAGCCCGACUCUGGAUUAUCAGUUGCGGGUGGACCUAGAAAUGAAUUUGUUGAGCAAACAACUUCAAUUGUAGAUACUGUGGUGUCAGAUUCCAAUGAAAUCCGCCGUUUUGAAGUUCUAAGGAAUGAGCUGAUGGAACUUGAAAAGCGAGUUCAGAGAAGCACUGGUCAAUCAGAAAAUGAGGAGGAUAAUGAUGCUAAAGAUGUCGAUAGUAAUUAUCUUGAUGAUGCUACAGUUACUCAUUUGGCUAAGGUCCAGAAGAAAGAAAAUAUAAUUGAAAAAUCAUUUGAGAAGCUGAAGAAAGGUAGCACGGAUGUUUGGCAAGGAACUCAGCUUCUGGCUAUCGAUGUUGCUGCUGCAACGGGGUUGCUUAGAAGGGUGCUCAUAGGAGAUGAGUUAACUGAAAAAGAAAAGAAAGCUCUUCAGAGAACUCUGACAGACUUGGCAUCAGUUGUUCCCAUAGGUUUUCUAAUGCUUCUUCCUGUUACAGCAGUUGGUCAUGCUGCCAUGUUGGCCGCUAUUCAGAGAUAUGUACCGUCUUUGAUACCGUCUACUUAUGGAUCAGAAAGGUUGGAUCUCUUGAGGCAGCUUGAGAAAGUGAAGGAAAUGGAAGCCUGUGAGGUGGACUCUGUGGAGAUUGAGGACAAGCUAACGUAGCUAAAUUAUUUACAUCCUUGAGGAAUGAAAUAAAUAUCAAGAUGAGCUAAGAGACAUGGGCUCUUUUUGAAAUUUAUCUAUUUAUUUAUUUUAUGGUACAGUCAAAUGUCACCGCGUCCUGAAUCUCAUUGCCAAUAGGUAACCAUAGAGAAGUUCAUUCCAUGUGUCUGGAACUCCAGGUAGGCACCAAUGGCUGCAGUCUUGUGGAGCAUCAACUGGAGUGCCUGGUUCUCGAUGGAGUGAUGGAUGGGCAUCACUCCUAAACUCUGUCAGAUAUGUAAUAUUCAAUACCUGAAAUUUCUCUUUACGAUAUUCCAUCUGUUUAAUAACAUCAGAAAUAUAUCGAUUAUUCCA